AUGGGAGAUAAGCUUUCGAAUGAUAUACCUCAAUCAAAUGUUAGUUAUCUUAGCGACGUUCAAAAUUCAGUAAAUCAGUUAACCUGUUUUAGAGAAAUUAAUGUAGAACCAGAAAUAUUAAGUUUACUUCCGGGAUUGGUUGCCUCUAAAGCAUCCGGCAUCGAUGGAAUUUCAGCAAAAAUUUUGAAAAUCGCAGCUCCAGCAAUAAUUACUCCAUCAAUUGUAUCAAUUUUUAAUCAAUCAAUCGCAACUGGUAUAUUCCCAUCUGAUUGGAGAGUCGCCAGAGUAGCUCCAAUACACAAAACAUGUGCUAAGCACGAUAUGGAAAAUUACAGACCGAUAUCUGUUAUUUCAAUUAUAGCGAAGAUUAUGGAGAAACUGAUACUGACAUAA